GAACAACGGGACUAGGGUUUUAAAUGAAUUCAAGCCAUAUCUCCAUUGCCAAACCCUAGCUUUCACUUUUCUCAGAGGCGCAUCUUCAUCUGCAACCAUGGGUAUUUCGAGAGAUUCGAUGCACAAGAGGCGUGCCACUGGUGGCAAGAAGAAGGCCUGGAGGAAGAAGCGAAAGUAUGAGCUUGGUCGUCAACCAGCAAACACCAAAAUCUCUAGCAACAAGACUGUUAGAAGGGUUAGAGUUCGAGGUGGUAAUGUGAAAUGGCGUGCAUUGAGAUUAGAUACCGGAAACUACUCUUGGGGUAGUGAGGCUGUCACCCGAAAGACCCGUAUUUUGGAUGUGGUCUACAAUGCAUCAAACAAUGAGUUGGUCAGGACUCAAACCCUAGUGAAAAGUGCAAUUGUUCAAGUUGAUGCUGCGCCAUUUAAACAAUGGUAUUUGCAACACUAUGGUGUUGAUAUUGGUCGCAAGAAGAAAGCAUCCGUCACUGCUACCAAGAAAGAGGGAGAGGAAGCAGAAGCUGCCACUGAGGAGGCAAAAAAGAGCAACCAUGUGGUGAGAAAGUUGGAGAAACGUCAAGAAGAGCGCAAACUUGACCCUCAUGUUGAAGAACAGUUUUCAAGUGGUCGUCUUUUGGCAGCUAUUUCAUCACGCCCUGGCCAAUGUGGUCGUGCUGAUGGAUAUAUUUUGGAGGGUAAGGAGCUUGAAUUCUACAUGAAGAAGCUCCAGAAAAAGAAAGGAAAGGGUGCUGCUUAAAGCUUUUUAAGGCUUCUUCAGUUUCCAUCUUUAGAUUUGUAUUUUCUUUUUUUAUGCAAAUUUUGAUGUGUUUUGUCUGUUAAAAUGGUGACUUUUUAGACAAUUGUUUUUACAAAUUUAUGCAAAAUUGUUGUCUUCACAAAGAAAAA